CUGCUGGUGUAGUUUCUUCUUUUACUAUGUAUAUUCAUUGGGAUUGAAUAUUUAUCCAUGUAUCUAUUCAAGUAGAAGGAAGAUUGCAUUAAACAUUUCCAUUCGUUAACAUCAAAUUUUAUUUGAAAACGUCUUCUAUUAGCAAAUAAAUCACUAUUCAAGUUGUUAUCUCUAGUUAAUCUAAUGAAUACGCCUCAGUCUACUGAUGGGGCACAGCCAUCACCUAGUUCAGUGCAUCAAUCGGUGACUACGGCUUCAACAACAUCAAAGGAUAAAUCAGCACCCAAAACUAGUAAGACCCCGUCGCCACCUUUGAAAAACAAAAAGACAUCACCAAUAAAUUCCAAGUUAUUAUCCAAUUUGAAGAGCUUUAAUAUUGAUCGAUCAAAAUAUAAACACUAUGGACACAAUUCGCUGAUGAAUAGCCAAUCUUUGGAGCAAAUUAUCAAACAAGGAGAUGAUAAACAUGCUAAGGAUCAAACGAGUCCAACUAGUGAAGGAGGCUUAAGUCCAUCUUUUGAAUCGAUUGAAGAAGACGAGGAACCAGAUAAACAUUAUAUCAUUGAUCAAUCAAUUGCCAAAAUUUUGGAUUUGCCAUUAUCUACAUUAAAAUCAAGUUGGCCUUAUCAUACUGAUACUUUGAAUGAAAUAUUGAAAUUGAAAAUUGAAGAAGAAAGAACAAGACAAGUUAUCUUGAAACAAGAGUUUGGCUCGACGAUUCUUGAAUUAUUAAAGGUGGCCAAAUCCAUGAAUAUUAAUGGAGAAUUGAUUCCGCUUCUUUUCUUAAAUGAAAAUGAAGAAAAUCAUAAUCUUGACCAUUUGAAACUUACUUUGAAAAAUUUAAAAGAAAAAUCAGUUCCUGACACUCCUAAGACUUCAAUAAAGAGAAAGUAUCUGGAAACAAGUCAAUUACCUUCGUUUAAUGAAACGGCUGAAAAUAUUCGUAUGUCUUUAUCUAUUCCUUCUAAUCAACCUCAAAAUAUCAUUUCUCCAAUAAGAUCCCCUGAUAAAUCCUAUGCUUUACCCAUUCAUCAUAAACGCACCGAGUCCGAUUCAAGUGAUAUGAAGGAGAGUAUCACUAAAAAUAACUCGCCUUCUACUAGUUUGGCUAAACCAGUUUAUCUGCAACAACAACUGCCAAAUAUUCCCGAACAAAAAACUCAAGCUCCUGUUUAUCCGGUUUAUUAUACUCCAGUUCCACCUCAAGGGAUACCACAACAGCAGCAACAACAACAGCAACAGCAACAACAACAACAACAGCAACAGCAACAACAAGAUCAAAAACAAGGUGACAACCACACCACUGUCUUGGGGUCUCCGUAUUCUCAAAAAUAUCAACCUUAUAUGUAUCCCCAAUAUCAACACGGUAAUUUUGUCCCUCAACAAGCUCCCCAAUACUAUUAUGUUGCUUCUUCUCCUUCAAACCAAAACCCUUCCUCCCACCAAAAUCAUCCUCAAUACAUCAUGUCUGGGCCUCCCCCUCCUCCUCCUCCAGGUAUGAUGAUUUCUCAGUACCCUCAGAUCCCCAUCCCUUAUGGAGCUACGUCUAUUCCUGAGUCCAACACUUCUCCAAGAGAAGAAACGUCUACUACCCCUGUUCCUCCUCCUGCUGCUGCUCCAACCACUGCUCCUACUCCUGUUUCUGCCCCCACUCCUUCAAAUUCCCAAAGUACUAAAAAGCAUAAAUCCAAUAAAUCUUCUAAUAUCAAUUUUAUGAUUACUACUCCUAAAAAUCCUCCUGCUAAAAAGUAUAAUAAUACUAACAAGGAUAAAUCAAAUUGAUUCUACUUAUUCUUUUUCUACGAUUCAUGAAUAUUUUUCAAUUCAUUCUAUUCUCGAAAUUCUAUCUUACGUUCUUUCGUGUUAUUUCAUUUCUACAUAUUUCUUUCAUUAUUGCCUUGAUUAUUUAUUCACUUCUUAUCCAUAUUGCGGUUUUCUUUUAUCUUACUCUAUUUAAUACCCAUUAUAGCAUCUUAAUAGACACUUCGUAAAUAAGCAAUCAUUUGUAAUCCUGCCAAUGACUCACAUUCUUCCUCUUUAUUAAUGUCUUGUCACGAGUUUUAGCUGCAAACAAGAUCUGGACAACCUCUUUGCU